CGUUCUCGUUAUCAUACACAACUUCACGCACGUCUCAUUUUGUUUGUGGCUUCUUGCGAUCCGUUCGAACGAAAACAGGAUUUCAUUGUUUUGUCUGUUGCGUUGCCAUCUAGUUAGCCGGGCCGGACGAAAAUUGAGCGCGACAAGCGGUUAGCCAGGUACUCUAAUUCACGAUUGCGUAAAUGCUGAUAAUGGAGAAUAGCGAGGAGGUGCUGCAGAUCCUGGAGCGGUUCACCAAACUCAAGCCGAAGGACAUACCCAAGGAAUUGGACGACUAUUUGGGUUAUGUCGCCAAGACCGGCGACACGGUCUAUCGCUGGUCGCAUGUGAAGUACCUCUUCCGCGAAAAGUUGAUUCGUGUCAUCAAAGACUUCCACGAAACUACGCCAAGUAUCGAAGAUUUACCUCAGUACCCGAACGUGGACCCAUUCAAUUACGAGAGCAUGAAGUCGGCGCUCCUUGAACGCUUGGAGCUGUUCAGCGCGGCUCCGUUCACAGUGCAGAGGUUAUGUGAGCUACUAACCGACCCUCGGAAGCAAUACAGCCGAAUCGACAAGUUCAUGAGGGCUCUGGAGAAGAAUAUUCUGGUUGUGAGCACUGUAGAACCUGGCCGAAAACCUGUUGAAAGCGAAAAUGGCGAUUCAUUGGAUUCCGUUGUAAAUGGAGAUUUAUCUUUAGAUGUCAACGUAGAAAUUGACAUGGAAGGUGAAUCUAUUUUUAGUGUUGAAACAAGCGCUAAUCCCAAUACAAAUAAAUCAGAAACUGCAGAGCAGAAUCCCACCGAGACUGAAACGAAAAAGGACAGUAUAGAAGACAACGAGAACGAAGACAAAAAGAAGGAGAGCGAGCAAUUGGAGACAAAGAACACAGAAACUGCAACAGAUGGCGAAGUCGAAGCAGAUGUCAGAGAGGAGAAAUCAUCAACUGAACUUAGCGCGCAGGAUGUCAAGGAGUCUGAAAACUUGAGUGAUGGAGAACAACAAACAGAUGAAGGCAAACCGACUGAAGAAGUAGCUGAAUCUCCGAAAGAUGUGGACCCAACUCCAAAGGAGAAGGAAACAGAAACUUCGGAGGAUUCAACGGACUCAAAUAAAUUAGUUGCACCUGAAAGUGAUGAAGCAAAUAAUUCGGAAAUUAAGCCUGCGUCACCCAUUGCAACAACUGAACAGACUGAUCGUGAAGAAGAACACAAACCUGAAAUCGUGGAAAAUGAGACCACAUCGCCUACAACAGAUCCUAAGGAACAAGAAACUGCAGAACCACAGAAGGAAGAGCAACCUGAACCUGAAUCCAGUGUACCUCCAGAACAGGCACCGAGCACAGAAACUAACACUCCAAUCCAAGAAGAAGAUAAAACGACCGAGAAUCCUUGCGAAUUCGAGCCACAAUCAAGUGGAGUCAUAGACGAAACAGCUCCAUCCGUGGAAAAUGUUGAACUCAAAUCAAAUAAGGCUCAAGAACAGAUGGCCAUUGAAGAAACGACCACAACUUCUCCAGUGGAACCGCCAUGCACUGCAAUACUCCAACCGAUAACAGAAGCCACCGUUCCACAGACGAUACCUGAUCAGCCAAUGGAUGAAAACUUAGAAACUCCACCUCAGCCAGAAAUCGCUCCGAUUGUCGAUGAAGUUGUUAUGCAGUCGGAAACUGAAAUGGCGACAGAUACCGAUGUAGGGAAAGGGGAGGCUGCCGUUAUGGAUAUUGAUGACACUAGUCAGGAGGAAGCAAUGGACCAAUAAGAGUAAGAAACGUACGGUAUAGACAGUUAAUACGCAUCUAAUCUAGAUUAAGAUUUACCAUAGCCUCCGAUUUUCAUUGUUAAAGUCUACAGUCAAAGGUUUAAGUUGUUAUUUUCUGCGCAAAAGUUUAAAUUGUUUUAAACGGUCAGAGACAAACUCCAAAUAUUGUGUACAAGAGAAAUAGAUUCGAAACUUCCAAUUA